AAAAUCAAACUACUCCAUUGAUAACAACCAACAAGAUCAACAUGAUUGCCAACACGACUAUUGCAAAAUUUCCUUCGAGUUUGUUUGAAGAAUUGAUAAAUGAAAAGCAAUUGAAUUUAUAUGAAUAUGAGCAAUUUAACGAGAUUGAAGAAAUUAGUAUAAAGGAAGAGCGUAAUAAAAUUUAUAAAGCAGAUUGGAAAUUAAAGAAUGUUAUUGUGACAUUAAAAGAAUUGAUGAUUGAUGUUACUUCUCAAGAAAACAGAUCUAUUUUACAUUCUUUUAUUGAUGAGCUCAAGUUACGCCAAAAGUUGGAUUUUCACUCAAAUAUCUUAAAAUUUUAUGGAAUAACCAAAGAUCUUGCAAAACAAGUUACAAGUGUAAUGGCUUGUUUACAUUCAGAGAAUACAAUUCAUAAAGAACUUCACGCCGAUAGUAAUAUACUUAUUAAUAAAGGAAAAAUCAAAAUUUCAAUUUUUGGAUCAUCCUUAAUAUCAGAUAUUAAAGGUGAUACAACAUAUAUUGAUCCGCAAGGUUAUGAAAAUAAUAAUAAAAAAUUGGAUAUUUAUAGUCUAGGCUUUUUACUUUGGGAAAUAUCAAGUGAAUCGUCAGCAAAAGGAACACCACAAAGUUAUAUAGAUCUUUACAAAAAUUGUUGGAAUGAUGACCCAGAUAAAAGACCUGACAUUAACGAAGUUAAAAAAAUACUAGCAGAUACUGACUCAACAUUUUUUGGAAAUUUACUAAAAUUCUUUAUAGAAUUAUUAGAAUUAUCAGGUGAUAAUGACUAUAUAAUAACCAGUCUAAAGGGAUUUUUACAUAAUCAUAUGAGAGAACACAAAUCAACUUUUAAAUCAUUACUAAAAAAUUAUAGUGAUGAUUCAAAUUUUAAUUUCAUAAUAGGAUUUUUCUAUGAAAAUUCUAUUGGUACGGUGCAAGACAAACAAUUAGCUUUCAAUCAUUAUGAAAAAUCUGCAAAAACUGGUAAUUCCAUAGGUCAAUAUUUUUUGGGCAGAUGUUACUAUUGGGGAAUUGGGAUAAAGAUUGAUAGAAAAAAAGCUUAUGAAUGGUUAAAAAAAUCUGCAGAUAAUGAUAAUUUUAAAGGUAAAUGGUUAUUGGGCUUAUGUUAUGAAAGAGGUUAUGGUACAACAAAAGAUUUGCAAAAGGCUUUUGAAUUAUUUUUGAGUUCUGCUGAAAAUGGUAAUGUUGUUAGUCAGAUGGAAUUAGGCAGAUGUUAUGAAGAAGGUGUUGGCACAAAAAAAAAUAUUCAUCAGGCUAUUGAGUGCUAUCAGCAAGCUUCUAAAAGUGUUAAUAAUAGUCUGGCUCAAAAGAAACUGAACAAUUUGAAAAAAAUCUUGGAAAAUAAAAAGAAAAUUUUGGAUCAAAAAAAAAUUUGA